AUGGCGACUAUGAAGGAAAUUGCAAACAUCAUGACCAAUUUUAAAGGAUACUCUCAGUGUGUUGAUGCCUUUAUUGAAACUAGUCAAAUGAACACUCUUUUAGGGAAGGACAUUUUUUCAGCAGUGUUACCACUCUGCAAGAAAAACUACACAAUUAUUAGCAACGUUUUUCCCAACCCUGACCAGGUGAUGAGUAAAUUUGUGCUUAAUAUCUUUCUUCUGAAGCUUCAGAAGUAUAUCCAGACUAAACUAGCUGACAAGAAUGAUGUUGACAAGUAUUUGAAGAAUUUAUAUGAGAUGUAUACUAGUACUCAACGUGUUUGCGACGAGUUAGUUCAAGCUGGUCUGGUAUCAGCGGAAGGUAAUUCCACUUCGGGGGAACUUCGAAGGGAUGCGCUCGUCAAUGGGGCUAUGGCGGGUGCCAACGAUGGAUACACCUCUAUGGAAGCUAGGAGACUUAAAGCUGUACUGUCUAGCUCACUAAACGCAUACUACACUGAAAAGCAACAUGUUAAGAAGCAAAUACAGGGAGGCGGUUUCCAAGAAUUGCGUCGUGAUUUGCAAGCUGUCAUCGGUACUCGAGCAAAUAUCAACAUUGCUCAAAUAGAGAACUAUGGCGGUGAGACGUUUUUAAGUGAACAGCUUGUCCAGAAGAUGAUCAAUGACUCCAAAACUUCGUUCAUCCGAUGUAAGACUCUAUGUACUACAAACGAGGUUUCUAAUACAACAGUGGCUUUGCUCGAAAUACUGAUACAACAUUUGCUCGUUGAGCAUGUUGAUUAUGCUUUAGAUCUGGGACUGCAAUCCAUACCGAUCGCAGAGAGCAAGUCACCGCCACAGAUUUACUUCUUUGAUAUAGUAAAUCAAGCCAACAAAAUCAUAAGAAUGUUUGAGGAACACUUUCAGGAAUCAGUGUCGCCUUGUAUGACGUCGGCAUCGAAACAAAAUGAGUGUGUGCAGCGUAAAAAAUCUAUAAUGGAUCAACUUGAGAAUAAGUUGGAUGCAGGUUUAGAGCGAGCUAUCGCAGCUAUCGUCGGUUGGGUCAAACUCCAUUUGCAGACCGAGCAGAAGAAGACCGACUUUAAACCUGAAGGAGAUAUCGAUACUAUUGCGUCGUCGGCAUGCUUGGCGGUGGUUUCGUACCUGAAUAAUGUGAUGGACAAAAUACACGGGGGACUGGAGGGCGACAACCUCCACGCAGUUACACUGGAACUCGCCGUCAGAUUGCAUAGGAUUAUAUACGAACAUCUGCAUAGUUAUCAAUUUAAUUCUGCUGGUGCGAUGAUAGCGAUCUGCGACGUGAAGGAGUACCGCUCGGCGGUGUGCGGGCGCGGCGCGCGCGCGGCCCCGGCGCCUGCGCACGCGCUCUUCGACGCUCUGCACGCGCUCUGCAACCUGCUGCUCGUCAAGCCGGAGAACUUGCAUCAGGUCUGCGAAGGUGAAACACUCGCGGAACUGGACCAUUCCAUACUCCACAGCUUCAUACAACUGCGGGCCGACUACAAGAGCCACAAACUUUCCACCUUCCUGAAAGGAUUAUAG